GCAUAUAAGACAUUCGAAACACCAAAAUCUCAGAGACUCCACAUAAGCUUUUACAUUGUAUCAAAAACUUCUAUUUGAUUUCACAUGCUUUUUUAAUUUUUUGUUACAUUUGGUGUAAAUUUAGGCAACAAAGCGAAAGAAGGUUUGCACGGCUUUGUGGGUAACCAUUAGUCACCAGCAGUCAUGUGCCACGCAUAUGACGGAAAUUUCGCUACAACAACAGCUGAGAUCGUCGACAAUGACCACAAUAUAUAAAUAGAAACUCCGGAAUUCAAAAUGGCUAGCUGUAUGAGAGGAUGCUGGGGUAUAUUCAGCGAAGAAUUAAGGAAAUUACGCCGGCCGGCACAUCUUCGAGGAAGGACUUACAGACGUGCAAGAUAUAGUGAAAAGGAAUUGAGUAUCGAGGUAAGAUCCCUUGUUAGUUACGAGUUAAGACCCAGACGGAUUUUAACGGAAACAGAAACGGAACUGAUCACACAGAAGAGAUACAAUGACCUGGUUGAACAGCAGAAGAAAGUAGAUGCAGAAAUUGAUGCACAGUUAUCUCGACGAGAAGAGGAUUUACGACUUGAAGAGGAGGCGUACUAUGAGGCUAAAAGAGAAGCAGCGCGUGUGGCUAAACAGGCCAGACAGAUGGAGGAAAAUAAAGCAUCAAAAGAAAAGGAUAAAAGAGUACGCAGAGGUUUCUUAGAAGAUUCAUCUUUAUCUUCUUGGCUGUCAGAUGAUGGAGUUAGUGUGGACAGCAAUGAUCUCGAUGUUGAAGACUUUGACGCCUUUCUAGAGAAAGUAAAAGCACGAUCUCUUGGGGGAUCCAGUCCCUUCACUUCUCCUACAUCAACCUCACCAAAUGCAUCAUGGGAGGAUGCUUUAGCUCAGGGAGUUGAAGCCACCAAGAUAGCAGGCAAAUCCCUGGAUGCCCUGAAUGGGUUUUCAUCUUCAGUUGAUUUGGUGUCAGUUAGUGAGAGGUAGCAGUCCUAAUUGGAUUUUGUUAAAAGAUAAAUUAAAGCCUCAUAACAUAAUGUGGGAAGCAAGUGAUUCAUUUUUUAGCACAAGGAUAUGUUAUGACUUAUGAGUGAGCCAAUUUAUUUAUGAUGAGUCAUUAUCAAGAGCAUUAAGCAAUUGGCUCUUUCUGAAAUAAUCUGUCUGUCACAUAGCAAGUGCUAAGAAUGGAACAUCUUUUAUAUUAAAAUUUUAGCCUGGGAAGUAAGAAAUUUGACUAAAUUUGUCGCUAAAUUUGCAUCAUGACAAAAGAGGAGGAAUUAGUUGUUUUAAAGCUUUGUCAUCAAGUAAAGGAAGAGAUGUUAAAUUCAUUUUUACUGGGUUUUUAGUUUUGUAAGAAACCGUCUUGAUGUAUUGGUUGGCUAGUGAAAGACUAGUUGGUUAUUAAUCAAUUAUUCACCAAAGGUGACAAAGAGCAGGUUAAAUGAAUUUGUCAUUUGUAAACUGUUACAACUACAGGAAUAUAUAUACAUCCUGUUGUCAAAUGCAUAAAUAAAAAUAACAACAGAGACACAUAGUUAUAGGUCACAAUAGUAAAUUUAUUUAUGAAUUAAUUAACAAAUUUUGUAUUUAAUACAUCUAAUAAUCUCCUUUAAAUGAUAUUGGGUGUAUUGGAAUAAUAUUAAUGGCUAUGGACAUCCCUAUUUAAUUUACUUUUUUUAUUACUGAGGAAUGAGAGCAGAGCUUUGCCCCACA